ACGUCAGUGCGUUGCCUAAAACGAGAGACGCGUGGACAGAAGCGUCAAUCGCUGUUCUGGCUCAGACACACACUCGCGCCCGCUUGUCCCAAGCACGCCAUCCCCAGUUCUGUCCCCGGCUGCACCACCGUCGGCAUGGAGGAACCUUGGACAAAAUCAUCUGAUGCCAUCCUCCAGCACUUCUCCGUAGACCCCGCCCGCGGCCUCACCGCCGACCUCGCCGCGAAGCAUGCCCAGCUCUACGGAAAGAACGAGCUUCCGGAAGAGCCUUCGACGCCAAUCUGGGAACUCAUUCUCGAGCAGUUCCAGGACCAGCUCGUUCUCAUCCUUCUCGCGUCCGCCGUCAUCUCAUUCGUGCUAGCACUCUUUGAGGAGUCGGACGGCUCGGCCUGGUGGAGUGCAUUUGUCGAGCCUCUGGUCAUCCUCCUCAUUUUGGUAGCCAAUGCGGCCGUGGGCGUGAUCCAGGAGACCAACGCGGAGCAGGCCAUUGAGGCUUUGAAGGAAUACUCCCCGGAUGAGGCCAAGGUUUACCGCGACGGUCAAAUUGCGCGCAUACAUGCCUCGGAACUCGUCCCUGGAGACAUCAUCUCGGUCGCGGUGGGUGACAAGGUCCCUGCAGACUGUCGCCUGCUGUCGAUCUCUUCGACGAGUCUCCGUGUGGACCAGGCCAUCCUGACGGGCGAGAGUACCAGCAUCAACAAGAGUGUCGACAUUGUGGCUGACCUGAAAGCCGUCAAACAAGACAUGACGAACAUGCUCUUCGCUGGUACGAGCGUCGUCAGCGGCAAGGCGAUGGCCAUUGUCGUCUUCACCGGUCAGAAGACGGCUAUUGGCGACAUCCACAAGUCCAUCACCUCGCAGAUUAGCGAGAAGACACCCCUGAAGCGCAAGCUCGACGACUUCGGCGACAUGCUCGCGAAGGUCAUCUCCGUCAUUUGCGUGCUCGUCUGGAUUGUGAACUACAAACACUUCUGGGACCCGUCGCACGGCUCCGCGUUGAAGGGCGCGGUCUACUACUUCAAGAUUGCCGUCGCGCUAGCCGUGGCUGCUAUCCCGGAAGGCCUGGCUGCUGUUAUCACCGCAUGUCUUGCGCUGGGCACGAAAAAGAUGGCACAGAAGAACGCCAUUGUGCGGAACCUGCCCAGUGUUGAAACGCUCGGCUGCACCAACGUCAUCUGCUCGGACAAGACUGGUACGCUCACCACGAAUCAGAUGAGCGUCUCCAAGUUCUUCGUGGUCGGAAACGCUGGCGGCCUCAGGGAGUAUGCUGUGGAGGGGACUACCUUCGCGCCUCAAGGGUCGGUUAGGUCUGCUGAUGGCAAAGAGGCCUCUGCUGAACUUCGUUCGCUGCCAAUUCAGCUUCUGGCCGAAAUCAGUGCGCUUUGCAAUGACUCCAAGGUGGUCUACCAUACGGAUAAGAAAUCCUACACCAAUGUCGGGGAGCCCACAGAAGCUGCUUUGAAGGUUCUUGUGGAAAAGCUCCCUUGCCCCGAUGGUGAGCUCACAAAGUCCCUCUCAACCAUGGACCCAGCAGCUCGUGCGAGCGCCGUGAACGACUUCUACGAGCGCGUCAUUCCCAAGAUCAUGACGUUCGAGUUCUCCCGCGACCGCAAGAUGAUGUCCGUCCUCGCAAGCAAGCAAGGCCAAGGCAUUCUCUACGCAAAAGGCGCGCCGGAAUCCAUCCUGGACCGUUCCGUAUCCGCCCUCGUCGGCGGAGACGUCGUGCCUCUGACCCCCACCCUCCGCGCCGCGAUCCAGCAGCAGACACUCGCCUACGGCCAGCAGGGCCUGCGCACGCUCGCACUUGCAUACGCCGCCAACCUGCCCCUCGACCCCGCGCGCUACCGCCCCGACAGCACCGGCGACUUCGAGAAGGACCUCGUCUUCGUGUCGCUCGUCGGCAUGCUCGACCCGCCGCGCCCCGAGGUCCCCGCCGCCGUCGCGAACUGCAAGGCCGCGGGCAUCCGGGUGAUCUGCAUCACGGGCGACAACAAGGGCACCGCGGAGACGAUCUGCAGGCAGGUGGGCAUCUUCGGGCCGGACGAGGACCUCACGGGCAAGAGCUACACGGGUCGCGAGUUCGAUGAGCUGAGCGAGCAGGAGAAGCUCGCGGCGGUGAUGCGGGCGGGUCUGUUCUGUCGGACGGACCCGAGGCAUAAGAGCCAGCUUGUGGACCUCCUGCAGAGCCAGGGUCUUGUCGUGGCUAUGACCGGUGAUGGUGUGAACGACGCCCCGGCGCUGAAGAAGGCUGAUAUCGGUGUCGCGAUGGGGAGCGGGACUGAUGUUGCCAAGCUGGCAGCAGACAUGGUCCUCGCUGACUCCAACUUCGCCACAAUCGAGCUUGCUGUAGAGGAGGGCCGACUCAUCUACAACAACACCAAGCAGUUCAUCCGAUACCUCAUUUCCUCGAACAUUGGCGAGGUCGUCAGUAUCUUCUUGACCGUCCUCCUCGGCAUGCCCGAGGCUUUGAUCCCAGUGCAGCUGCUCUGGGUCAACCUCGUCACGGACAGCCUGCCCGCGACCGCUCUCGGCUUCAACCCUCCGGACCACAGCAUCAUGCGCGUCCCUCCACGAGACAGCCGUGAACGCCUCGUCGGGCCCUGGCUGUUCGCGCGGUACAUGAUCAUCGGGAUUUACGUCGGCGUCGCGACUGUUGGCGGCUACGCCUGGUGGUUCAUGUACUACGCUGGCGGUCCCCAGAUUACCUUCUGGCACCUGACGCACUUCCACCAAUGCUCCACGCUGUUCCCCGAGAUCGGCUGCGAGAUGUUCACGAACGAGAUGGCGCACCGCGCGACGACGAUGAGCCUGUCCAUACUGGUCACGAUCGAGAUGUUCAACGCGAUGAACUCGCUGUCCGAAAAUGAGAGCCUGCUCCGGCUGCCGCUCUGGAAGAACCCCUUCCUGGUCGCCGCGAUCACGCUCAGCAUGCUCCUGCAUGUCGCUAUCUUGUACAUUCCCUUCUUCACGACUCUCUUCGCCAUCGCGCCGCUGAACUGGGUCGAAUGGAAAGCUGUGUUGUACAUUAGCGCACCUGUCAUCCUCAUCGAUGAGGUACUAAAGUUUGUCACGACCACAUUCAUUGAGCCACCAACGAGGGUCAAAAUGGACUAGUAGAGGAGCUCAUAGACUUGCUCUGCAGACUGUACUCAUACACACAAUAAUAGAAGCAUGCGCAUUGCCGUCUUCUC